AUGACAGCGGCUCACGGGUUCGUUAAUAGCGCGGCGUGUCGAAUUUUGAUCGAGAGCGCGGCGAGAAGCUGCGACGAGGGCCUCGUCGCGUCGACCUUCGCGCAGCUUGAUUCUCGAACUUACGUGAGCGAGAAAUAUUUCUUUCAAUUUAUCGCAAAAGUUCUCAUAAUCGCCCAUAAUUGGACGCAGAGGGAACUAAAGGAUACGAACACGAAUUUGUCAUUGCAGCCGCCGGAGAAUGAGCUGCAGAAAGUGGGCGAGCGCGUGCCGAGCGAGCAUGAGCUUAGGGUACAGCGGUCGUUGCAGCGGCUCAAUGUACCCGACUGGUACAAGAAUUCACCCGCUGCCCGCGACGGCUUCCGGCUGAAGAGGCACUCCGACGCGUCGCAGCAUGGAGGAUGGCGCGCCCUCGGCUCCAAGACCACCUCCCUGUCGUCCCUCUCGUCGUCUUCCAAUCGACAGCCGACCACAGGUGUCCUUCUGAGUCCCAGUCCCACGCCUCCCGUAUUCUCGAGAUGGAGCACCAGCUUGCUGAACAGCGCCGGCAGUUCGCCCGCGAGUUCGGCCAGGUCGUCCUUCAAUCACCGGCAGCCCUACUUGGGCUGGCGUUCUCAGGAGCGACUGACCAACCCGCGGACACCGGCGGAACGUCUUGCUCAGGGUAUUCUUCCCCAGCUGCAGGCCGCAAACAAGCAACAGCAGCAGCAGCAACAGACAACGAAUCAGCAGCUGGAGGUACGGAACUCGAUAAAGGAGGUGACUUCGGCCAUCGUGCACUACGUGCAGAGCGGCCAGGAGGUCGGUGGAGGUGGUGGCGGCCGACUCUCGCCUCGAUCUCGACCUGAAGAUUGGGACGACAGGGGCGGAGCGAGGUCUACCAGCCCCAGAGGGAGCGUGAGGCUGUGCUGGAUGGAGAGCUCGUUCGUCGGCACGCGGCCGGUGGACUCGCCGGAGACGCCUAUGAGCCUGGCGACCGACCAGGAGGCCGGGGACUGCUGCAACGCGGCCGGCACCGAGUCCUGCAGCUGCCAGGACUCGGCCGCGUCCGGACUCUACCUGGACCUGACGCCCAGCCGGGACGACCUGCGUCAUCAGCAUCUACAGACAUCCUCGGCCGGCCCGUCGCCCACGUCCUCCUCGAACUAUCAUCAUCACCGCCACCAUCAGCAUCGCCAGCAUCGCCAGCAACAGCAGCAGCAUCAUCAGCAGCAGCGUCAUCACCGCGGAUCGGGCCAGAGCGAUACGGACGAGGCGAUGGCGACGGCAGCUCUUCUGCGGAACAAACCGAGCCCGGGCUCCACGACCCUGGAGGACGUACUCGACUCCCUCCUGGGGCUGCCACCCGCGUCGCGUACCCCGAGUCCUGGCCCGGGGGGGCCCGUCGUGACCGCCACGUCCGCCAUCCGCCAUCGCCAUACGAACGCCGCCGUCGGCCAGGCGAAAGCCGGGAACAGCUGCAGCGACCUACGCCAAGACCUCCAAGGUAGGAGGACUAUGUAAGUUUUCGUUCUGAUCGGCGGAUCCUACACCCAAGGACGAUCAAUCUCUAUAAACGUACGAACCUCUCCUACCCGCGUACCCCGAAGAGCGUGCGCGUCGAGAGUGAUCCCUGGAGGAAUCUUACGCAAGCGGCAGAAUUCCGAGAAUUCGAUACCGAACAUACCCCGUUCUCGGUCUCGUUAAUUUUGCACCGAAAAUUUAUUGGACUUUCGUCCGCGAAGGGGAGGAGGAGGAGGA